AUGUAUCAUGAUCUCAAAUGUUUGUAUUGGUGGGAUGGGAUGAAAAGAGACAUUGCAGAGUUUGUGGGUCAGUAUCCUAACUGUCAGCAAGUCAAGAUCGAACAUCAAAAGCCCGUUGGAUUACUACAGCAAAUGGAAAUUCCUGCUUGGAAGACUACAUAUUCGGUUGGGGAUUAUGCUAGAUUAUAUAUUAAGGAGAUAGUAAGUCUCCAUGGAAUUCCUGUAUCUAUUAUAACCGACAGAGGUGCCCAAUUUAUGGCUAACUUCUGGAGAUCGUUCCAGGAAGGAUUAGGGACUCAGAUUGGCGAUUGGGUAUUUCUAAAGGUGUCGCCCAUGAAGGGUGUGAUGAGGUUUGGCAAAAAGGGUAAGCUUAGUCCGCGAAUAUUCCCUAUAGAAGAUGUACAGAUAACUGAAGAGCUAUCUUAUGAAGAACAGCCCGUAGCCAUUUUAGAUCGGCAGGUGAGAAGAUUACGCACAAAGGAUGUACUCUCUGUCAAGGUUCUGUGGAGGAACAAUAACCGAGAGAAAAUGACCUGA